GUCGACGCAUCCUGCCGAGUUGUCCGAAAGCUCGAGGCAACGGGCGUGGCUCGAAACGGAGGCAUCGCGAGACAAGACGCUGGUUGAGCGCGGUUGACGAGGCAGUCGGUCGUCACAGUGGGCGCGAGUAAGGAUGAAGGGUCUUCGGUGUGCUCGAACUGGGCGCGCAAUCCGAGGACGUGGCCAGCAGCUGCAAGAUGCAUCGCGCAGGUGUUAAAGCACGGCUGGGAGUGCAAUUAGACUACUGUACGCACAUCGACCGCUGUGCUGCUGGUGCGCGUGUGGCGCUGGAUUCCCACGAGACUUCGCCGCCUCCCCUCUCCCACUCGCCGCGCGAAUCCACCGCAGCGAGCACUCCCGUCACCACUCCCACCCAGCACCCCGUCUCGCCACACUUUGGCCGUGCCGCCAAGACCUCGCCCUCGCUCUCCUACGCCUGGCAGCGCAAGCCGCACGAGCUUGUGCCCAGCCGUGAGCCUGAAUUCGAUCUUCUCUUCGAAGACUCGGGCGACUGCAGCAUCCCGUUGUUCCCCGCGAGCCCAGCGCAGCACAGCAGCUUCCUGGGCAACAUGGCACAAACCGCCACGCCCAUCGAUAUCCAGACGCCCCCGCGUUAUGGCUCCAACUCGCCGCAGAACCUGACGUCGAACCUGACGUCGGCCCUGCGCGAGGCUGAGGCCAACCGCGACUUCAGCCAGACGCCCAGCCAGCUCGACCCCAACGGCAACGGCUUCCAGUUCCGUGACGGCCGCCCCGGCAUGUCUGAGCGCCACGGCUCCAUCAGUAACAUGCUGGGCACCUCAUUCUACGGCAGCGGUGCGCGUCCCAUCUCCAUGCGGGACCGCGGGCGCCGUGAGAGCACCAAUAUGGGCAGCUUCAACGGAGGCAUGAGCUGGGGCGGUGUCUCAGUUGGGUCUUGGAUCCGCGAUGACAUCAUGAUGGCCGGUACCUCGCCCGCGCCCAUGAACAUGGGCCAGUCGCCGUCCUUCCACUCCUCCUCGUAUCUCCCCAAGAUGGAGGCAGCCUUCAUGAAGGACUUCACCUGCUGUGGCCUCACACUGGCUUCGCUGCAUGACCUGCUCCAGCACUUCGAGGAGACCCACGCCAACGCUCCCGCAGCCCGCAACUCGCAACCUGCCAACAACGGCAUCCCCCAAGUUUCUGGCGCGCCUGCACCUUCAAUUGCCCCUGGACAGACACAAGGCGAGCCUGCGAUGAACACACAAAUGGGCUUCCACCCACGCUCAGGCUCGAUGGGAGGCCAGCGUCAGCGCCUGAACUCGAUCAGCCGCUCCAACCUCUCCACUGUCCAGGACAUGGACACUUUGGACGACAUGGACAUGGACAUGGACGGCUUUGACAACCUGGCUCCUAUUGAGGAGGCACCAUCACAGUACCCCGUGCAGCAGCCUCAGUUUGGCCACCAACAAAGCCAGCUGCCUCAGCUCAACGUCAAUCUCGCCAACAACAUGCAGAACCACCAGGGUCUGAGGACAUCAACACCCUCAACACCCUCGGCCUCACAACAGUUCAACUUCAACAACAAUCCCACCGUCUCUUCCGUAAACACGCCCACGCUCGGCACGGUGCCUAUGCAAAAUCACAACCUGACUUCGCCCGAGUCCUCGCACCCUGGCACACCAGCUGAGCUCGACAUGGACUUCAACACCUUCAACCCCAUGAUGGGCAUGGACAUGGGUAUGAACGGUAUGAACGGCAUGAACGGAAUAAACGGCAUGAACGGCAUGAACGGCAUGAACAUGAACUUUGGCAACGGCAACUUCGGCAUGUCGGCGUUUGAUAAUAACGGCACCAUCGACCAGCCUGGCAAGCGCCUCUUCAGCAAGCAAGGUGGCGGUCUCAACCAGGCCCAGCUGCAAGCGGCCCUCAAGAACUACCAGCUUGGUGGCGCUGAUCAGAGCGAGCUCGCGCGUAGGAUUCGCGAGCAGCAAAUGCUCAACGGCGCAAGCAUUCCUCAGUUCCCCUUCCCCGAGGAGGUCAAGCCUUUCAGGUGUCCGGUCAUUGGCUGCGAGAAGGCCUACAAGAACCAGAACGGUCUGAAGUACCACAAGCAGCACGGUCACCAGAACCAACAGCUCAAGGAGAAUGACGAUGGCACGUUCUCGAUUGUCGACCCCCUCACUUCUAUCCCUUACCCCGGAACUGUCGGUAUGGAGAAGGAGAAGCCUUAUCGCUGCGAAGUAUGUGGCAAGCGAUAUAAGAACCUCAACGGGCUCAAGUACCACCGCUCUCACGCUCCUCACUGCAACCCCGAGCUUGCGCUACAGAAGCUGGGGCUUGCACCAAACAUGCAGAGCCUUCAGAACCUGCAGAACGCCAAUGUUGCAGGUGCUGGAAUGGGUGGCAUUGAUCCCUCCAUGUUCUAGAGCGCUUGCGCCCUAUCUUGGUUCUUCGUUUUCGCUUGGUCUUUCGUGCAGGCGCAUUGCACCUUCACUUCAUAAUACCCGAUUGC